AUGUCAGUAGAGAGUACAAUGGAGGUGGAUGAUCCCAGUGACCCAUUUCCCAUUGGAAUGCGGGUUCUUGCGGUGGACGAUGAUCCCACGUUCCUCUUUGUUCUGGAAACUCUGCUCCGGAAAUGUCAAUAUCACGUGACCACAACUACUCAAGCAAAAGUUGCAUUGAAGUUGUUGAGAGAAAACAAAAACAAGUUUGACUUGGUAAUCAGUGAUGUGCACAUGCCAGACAUGGAUGGAUUUAAGCUGCUUGAGCUUGUUGGACUUGAGAUGGACCUACCUGUCAUAAUGGUAUCUAUAAAUGGUGAUACGAAGCUGGUGAUGAAAGGAAUUUAUCAUGGAGCUUGCGAUUAUCUGUUGAAACCUGUGAGAAUGGAGGAAUUACAGAAUAUUUGGCAGCAUGUAUUUAGGAGGAAGAUGUUUGAUUCAAAGAAGAAUAAAAUCAACAACUCAGACAACAAUCAAGAGAACGCUUCCUAUCAAAAUGGAAUGCUUCCUAAUAAAAGAAAGAAUCAUGACGAAGAUGAAGUUGAUAAUGAAGAGAAUCCUCACGAUGAUCAGGACCCAUCUACCCAAAAGAAGCCUCGGGUUGUGUGGUCAGUAGAGCUACACCGAAAGUUUAUGGCAGCUGUUAAUCAGCUAGGAAUUGACAAGGCUGUACCUAAGAAAAUUCUCGAUUUGAUGAAUAACGAAAGUCUUACAAGGGAAAAUGUGGCAAGCCAUCUCCAGAAGUAUAGGCUUUAUCUUAAACAUCUUAGCCAGGCAAAUCAACAUGCUAAUACGGUGGCAGCCUUAGGAUUUAGGAGUGCUAAUUCAUCCUAUUCAGGAAUGAAUUUUGUGAGUGGUAAUGGACAUUUGCAAACAUCGAGUGGUUCUGAACAGUUUCAUAACAAUGCUUUCAGAUCCUUUCCACCUGGUGGGAUAACUAGUAGAUUGAACAAUCAUGCUAGUCCUGGUGUGCAUGGAUUUCCUUCUCCUGGAGGAGUACUUCAGUCAGGUCAGUCACAAAAUUUAAACAAUUGCAGCAAUGAUCUACUCAAGUUUGAGACAUCCAUAUUUCCUUUUAAUUAA